CCCAGGCCAGGCCAACUCCAAUUUCGACGGAAACAAAACCAUGGUGAGCUGUAAGAAAUUCUUUCAUUCGGUUGUUUGUCAUCGUCGGGUCAAGUUGCGUCCGCAUCCGAUCCGCGUUCAUCGUGUUUUUGUUUUUGGUCUCGUCUCCGAUCUUAAGUCUAUUUCGAAUUAUUUUUGACCGAAAGAGAAAACUCGUUUCGGUGGCGCGAAGAUGGUGAUGUUGCUGUGUGGAAUGAGGAAAAAUGUAUCGAUCUCGCGGCGUGUUGAAUGUGUUAAAAUCAAUUAGCAUACCCCCUGGGUUGCUGCUGUUGCAGCUUCUGCCGUUGUGCGUGGCCUUUGUGAAUGAGACGUCUGUUUUCGGGCCCGAGAAGCUGCAGGCCUUCAAGAUCUUUGACGAUGAGCAACCCAGCCAGAUCUCGGGUCGCAGUUUCAUCUGUGUUCCGCUUUUUCGGGUCUUCAGCCUGGAGCUAGGGCACAACAUUCGACUGGCCCCCGAUGAAUAUGUGGCUGUGAGUGGGGAUCACCCUUCGCUGGGUUCCUGGCAACUGGAUAAGGCUCUGCCGCUCAAGGAGCAGGAUAAAUCCCGAUCGAAAUGGUACCUCCGGGUGUGGAUAUGCGCCAGCCAGAGAUUCUACUACCGGUACUUGAUCUACUCGAAGAACAGCCAAGGCAAGCGAAUCCUAAGGACAUGGGAAGGUCAGAGAGUGGCCAGAAUGCUGCAGACCUACGAGAUAUAUCGCUCCCCGGGUCUGGACAUUUUCGGAGAGGCCUAUCCCACUUCUGUGGGCGGGGGAUUCUAUCUGGAACGCGGUUGGCUGCAGUACGAGUACGUCAUUGAAUUGAAGUUCGUCUGGCAGGAUCACUUUGACAUAUCCGGAAUGGCAAGCAAUGCCAAAUACCGCUUGAUUUUGACACCUCUGAAUAUUAUAGACGACACUCGGAUUGAGGUCUCUCGAUUUGCCUACAAUCAGUCAGGUUUUAGACCACAAAGCCAAUGGGGAGUGAAGUACACUCGGGGAUCCCCACUUGUCUUUCGAAUCUAUCAACCUUUGGACACUUACAAUGCCCUGCGCCUGUCUUUGUACCAAGGAUCAAGGGAUGUCCAGUUGGCCGUGGCAGAAGUUUACAUAUUUCCGGAGCAGAUCAAAGGAAGUCGUGGCAUUCUGCAGCUGCCCGUAUUUGCGAGUUUACAAAAUAUAGCAAUCGGUGAGGUAACUCUGCCCUAUUUGGUGAUUCAACCAAUGCCAAAAGUGGAGGCGGGUAACUUGAGGGCGAGUUUCCAUCACUAUUGGCCGGAUAAUUGGCCCACCUUGGAUGUCGGAUAUCGUGGCUUGGGAGCCAGCUAUUUCCAAUCUUCGACCGUUUUUACAGAGAACACAAUCGAAAGUUUUCUCGCAGUGCAAAAGGCUAUGGGAGAUAUGGUACAAUUGGAUGUGCAGCUGACAAAGGACUAUGUGCCCAUUGUCUGGCAUGGUUUCGGAUUUUAUACCUCCGACAGAGAUCAGUAUAUUAGGGAUCGUUUUGACCUACGAUUCGUACUGAUCAGGGAACUCACCUACUCCGAACUCAAAGCCAGUCGGGUGUUUAUCCUGAAACGUUGGACCCUUCAGGAGUACACCCAUCUGAAUGUUAAGGAUGUGAGUCAAAAUAACAGAAUAUUCCCGAAACUUUCGGAGGUUUACGAGGCUCUACCAAAAACAUUGGGACUUAUGGUGGAGAUUAAGUGGCCCCAAAUAAUGGCAUCCGGUGUCCAGGAAUCCACACAGAGUCUGAAUAAGAACAGCUAUGUGGACAGGAUUUUACAGACCACUAUUUAUUAUGGCUGUGGACGUCCCCUAAUCUUCGCGAGUUUCGAUGCCGAUAUUUGCACUAUGAUCAGACUCAAGCAACAUGUCUUUCCUGUGAUCCUGAUGAGCAUUGGGAGGUCCCACAUCUGGGAUCCUUACAUGGAUCUCAGGGCUCAGAGUUUCCAGCAGGCCAUCAAAUUUGCUCAAUCCGCAGAGAUUCUGGGGACAGCUCUACAUGUGGAGAACUUCCAGAAUAAUCAUCAGUUGGUUAACUUGGCCUUGGACCUCCAACAAGUGCUCUUUUUGUGGGGCAACGAUCUUCAGGAUGUCCAUCUUCUGGAGCAAUUUCGAGCCUUGGAUGUAACUGGUCUUAUUUACGAUCAGAUGGAUCGAGUGGGUCCCUCCAACUGGAAGCGAUCCGCCUUUUUCCGGGCGCCACAACUUCUGGAAGUUUUUGGAGCUCAGUGCGUGACCAGUGGAAAUUCAACGAUCAUUCCGGGCGUGAAGCCAGCUAAGCCUACCAUUUGGCCAAAGUUGAGAUAGAACUUGGGUAAGGAUAGGAAACAUUAUUUAGUUUUUAGUUAUUAGUUGAAGAGGUAGAGUAGUCAAAACAGAAUAGAAAUACCACAAAUAGAAAUGUAUAAAUAUCAGCGUUUGUCUCUUGACAUAUUAAAAGGCUUUCAAUAUAUUAAAAAAACAAACAAAUAAACUUAACUU